GCUGCAGCGAUCAGACAGACAAAGACCGUCACGAUCUUCACCAGGGAGGUACCAGAAGCCUGACGCUUCUUCAGGCCGGGAUUUCGACGGGUACGCCAAAGAGAAGCCUCGAGUUCCGAACUGCUCUUCAUCGCGUCAAGCAAUGACGACAUCUGCGCUGGGGGUCUGCCUGCUCAAGCUCGCCAUUGACCUGUACGCCCAACUACACUCUCUUAAUAAGGAAGACAACAUCGCCUACUCCACGUACAGCGUAGGCAGUGCACUUUCAAUGGCACUUGCCGGCGCACGCGGUGACACCGCAACGGAACUGUCGGCCGUUCUUCACGUCACCGAAAGCGACAAAAUACACGACCAAUUUCGGCAGCUGUUGCGUGAGCUACCAUACAGCUGGUACUCUAACGCCAGUUUUCAAUUGGCCAAUCUGAUGUACACCGAGCGAGAGCUUAAAGUCCGCAUAGAAUUCGACGCUCUUCUGGAAGCGUACUUCAGGGGUCGCAUCAAGUCUGUUGACUUCAAGAAAAACCCUGAGUCAGUCCGAAAAGAUGUCAACGACUGGGUAUUCCGGGUAACGUACUCAAAGAUCAAAGAGCUGCUUCCUCCCGGUAGUGUGACAGAAGAUACGGCAUUCAUUAUAGCCAACGCUAUCUACUUCAAGAGCAUGUGGGAAAACCAGUUCCACAAGAGAGACACAAAAAAACAAGCUUUUCAUCUCGACCCCGGAAACAGUGCGCAGGUGGAAAUGAUGUUCAAGAGUGAGGCACCAUUCAAGGUCGGCCAAUCCAAGGAGUUGAAGGCGACGUUGGUGGAAAUACCGUACACUGGCGGAAACUUUUCGAUGAUCAUACUCGUCCCCGAUGAAGUGCAAGGGCUGUCCUUCUUGGAAGGGCAGCUCUCGGAGUCGCCUCUUCGCUCGGCUCUGGAAAGCCUCGCCAUGAAAGGGAACGUGGAGCUUACUCUUCCCAAGUUCAAGCUCGAGUACUCUGCUUCAUUGAAGGAAGCACUGUCUGCUCUCGGAGCCAAAAAGUUGUUCAGCGACAGCGCGGACUUUUCUGGUAUCUUUGAGAACGGUACGGCUUCUGUCUCGCAGGUCUUCCACAAGGCGUUCAUUCAAGUCGACGAAGAAGGCACGGAGCCCGCGAAAGCUACGGAGGAGGCUGGCAUGGGAUCCGGUGGCCCCAGUUCUAAACCGGGCACACGCGUUGUCGUGGAUCGUCCGUUUAUGUUUCUUAUCAGGAAAAACGAAGGGAACGUAAUCUUGUUUAUGGGGUCGGUUCGUAAACUUUGAGACCUGUCGACGAGCGCUGCAGUUACAGCCUGUAUAAACAUGAUUCAAUAAAGCUAUUGCGUAAAUAAA